CAGUUGAAGACUUUAGCAGAAGAUUUCAUCUCUGAAUUUCACACAGACACACAGAGACUCCAGUCACACCUCCACAACAUCACUGACUCUGACUGUGUAUUUAAGGCAGCUGUGUUUCUGCUGUCUCUCAAACACAAGACCAGCUUCACACCAUGUUUGUUCUGGGUCUGCUCACCUGUAUUGUGCUGAGAGCAUUCAGUGCUCAGGCAGAAGUGGUCGAGACCUUUGGUAAGUGUAGCAGGUUUUUCUACAAAGACACAGAACCACAAGGAAUGGAUGAAAAUGCCAAGAAAAUCUGUCAGAGGUUUGAGAUCACCUCUUCUGGAGUUAGGAGAUCAACUCCAUACAACUCUGGUUCCUACGCUACUCUGUACUCGGUUCCUCACCGGAUUCCCCUCUACAGCGCCUACACACUGGAUCCUUCAUGCUCAGACACUGCUGGAAGGACAGACAAGUGGCACUUAGAGCCAAAGAUUUCUGAUUCCUACUCCACAAUUGAUUAUAUGGUCCCUGAGAAUCAAAACAAUCAAGGUACUUAUAAAAGAAAUCAAGCCAUCAGCAGUGACUACAGCGACACUGGAUAUGAUCGAGGACAACUGAACCCCAACAGCUUCUCAUGCACUGAUAACAGCCGUACAGCAACAUUUACACUGACCAAUGCAGCACCUAUGGACACGUGUUUCAAUCGUAUCCAGUGGAAGAAGUGGGAGAGCACUUUAAAAAGUUUUCUGACAGAGAAGCUCAACAGUGAUCGUUCUGCAACAGCCUACAUUGUCACGGGUACGGUGCCUGAUGCAAAUCUACGGAUACCACAGAAGGAAAUCUCUGAAGAGCCAGAAAGGGUGACGGUGCCCUCUUACAUCUGGACGGCUGUCUGCUAUAAACACAAUUAUAAUAAUAAAAACUCUUUUUCCUUCGGCUAUAUAGGAGAAAACCUGCCCGGAGGUAAUGUAGAACUGAUAAGUGUCUCAGCGCUGAACAGAGUGCUCAGUCAUAUCAAUGUAGUCAAAGCUCAUAUGCUUUCAAAUAUUAAGAUCUUUGUGGAUGAUUGUUUUGAAGACAAUAAUAAAUUAAAGGAGGUUAAGAAAGCAUUUCAGAAAUUAAUCAGUCUCCCAGUGACCCCAAAUGUGCAGAACACAAUUAAUGCGCUCCAAACAGUCAGAACUAAUGGAGAGGAUGUCAAGGUGACUGACAUGAGUGUAAAAUUAACCUUCAGCAGUUCGAGCUCUUAUUCCACUAUGGCAGAAGAGCUACAGGUUUCUACUGAAAGAGCUUGUCUUAUAACUAAUUACGGAAAAGAAUCUGUUGAAUGCCAGUUAGUCCCAAAGAAGCGCAAUAUUGCGGCUGAUGGCUUGCCCUGCUCAAGCAGCACCAAGCCCUGCUGCUCCACUCCCUGUCUGUACAAAGAAAAUCUCCAGAUCUACUGGUGUUCCUCAGGCCAGGAACUGAUAGCGUGUUCACCCCCGUACUCACUCAUCACGUAUAAAGGAGAGAGAUGCAAGGAUGAUCACCCCUGCAGCAAAUACGGUCAGGACUACUACUGGUGUAACACCAUCUCUGGCGGCUGGGAUUACUGCAGUCCUCCGCUGUGGAGAAGUAAGGCUAAAAACGGGCAGUACUGCCGCAGCGACCACGCCUGUGCCACAUAUGGUUCAGGUUCUAGGUGGUGCUACACAGAUGAUGGCACAAAACACAAGUGCUGUACUUCUGACAGCUGCUACUCCACUGUGACUGACCAAACCUGCAAGCCUAGUCACCCCUGUGGCUACCAUGGUAAAGAUUACCUGUGGUGCUACACUACUGAUGGCAGCUGGAAUUAUUGCUGCACACGCUGUGGUUAGUUGGUUUAAAAAGUUGAUUACAAUUAUUACUAAAGCAGGACUUCACAAAGUUCAUUGUGAUUGUACUUGUAGUGCUUACUAACCUAGAAACUCUUUCUAACAUAAAAAGUAAGAGUCUCUGUGCUUCUAUAAAUAUAUUUUAGAAAAUACAUUUUCCUAAUGAUUCUUAUGCAAAAAUCAACAGCUUAAAAAUAUAUAAAUCUUUUAUACAUUUGCAAAUUCAUACAUUAAUACUUGGCUUUCAGUAAAAACAUAUCUUUGAUAUAUAUGAGUGUGGACAGAUCCACACAAAACUUACAGAGCAAUGAUGUGAUUUUCAUGAAGCAAAAUUCAAUCUGUGUCCAUCUCCAUCCACUCACACUCAACAGAACACAGUCCAGCUAAAGCUUCACAUUUCAAGUCAAGUCACAUUUAUUUGGAUAGUGCUUUUCAUCUUGAAAAUAAGUUUACAAAUAAUUAUGGCUUGACUCAUUGUCCUAAAGCAGCUUCACAGAAAGAAAUCAUACUUUAGUGUUUAUAAUAUCUUUAAAGUUCCUGUGCUGUCGACUGGCGCUGCUGCAGUAUGUUUUAACAAUGAGACUGUUGUGCUGCCAUCAGUAACUUGUAAUGUCUUUAUUAAAUCAAAAUGUCUUCUGUCACUUUACAUGUCACUUACUCAGACAAAACACCAAUAAACACGUGUUGCAUAA